CUGCUCACCCAGGGCGGGGCAGGAGUCUCUGCUGUGGAGGGGGGGUCCAGGCUCAUCCAUCACACGGCUGGAUCCAAACUGGGGGGUUCCGAGGGCUCCCCAAAGCGGGGAGGGGGGGGUCACCGCGUGCCUUUGGAGGGGACAUGGGGCCAUUCCAUCUGCCCUGCACCCAGCCCGGGUGCGCAGCUCCUGGGGGCGCUCGGGGAGGGGGUCGCAGAGCAAUCCCCUCCCCACAGCAGCCCCCCGGCUGCCGGGCGAGGGGGCCCAGCCCGGGGCAGGCUCCGCGGGCGCUUUGCAGCCGGCUUGGCCGUCCCUCCUCCAGCCGGGAUUUGCACACGAAUCCCGGCUCUUCACACGAGCCAAGGCCACCGGCUGCCACCAGCGCCGGCCACACGCCGGGGUCACCCGCGCCGACCCCCCCGGCCCCGGAGGAGGAUGGCAGCCGGCGACGAGAAGCGGCACCUCCUGAGCGAGGGCACAGGCGGGUACGGGGGUGCCAGGGGGGGCCGGGGGUGUCGUGCCCCCUCUCCUGUGCGGCUCCCCAGUGGGGUCUGGCCGGGGGAAGGGGCUGGGGGGGGAGCACUCAGGGUCCGGCCGAAGCCCCCCAGCCCCAAGCCGCGCUUUGGCCGGCAGGGGCUACGCGGGGGCUGCGCGGAGGGACGGGCAGAGCGCGGAGCGGGGACAGGAGCCCGCCCUGGAGCUGGGGACACGGCGUGGCCAGCACUGCCACACGCGGGGGGCUGGCGGCCACCCCGGCCAGCAGCAGCGGGCGCGGAGGAAGCUCUACCUGGCCGCUGGCAUCUGCCUCUUCUUCAUGGUGGGGGAAGCCGUGGGUGAGUGCUGGGUGCCGGCUGCCUUGGGGUCCCCGUGGGGUCACCCCGAGAGGCCACCCAGAGCCCCUCGUGUCCUGGUUCCCUGCUGAGGGUGCUGCCAGAGCUCCCGUUGGCUUUCUGUGGGUCAGAACACCCAGCGGGACCCCCCCUGUGGCACGGGGUGAGCUGAUCUGUGCCAGCUCCCUGCCGUGUCCCCCCGAUGUCCCCCGAUGUCCCGUGUCCACAGGUGGGUACCUGGCACACAGCCUGGCCAUCCUGACGGACGCUGCCCACCUGCUGACGGACUUUGCCAGCAUCAUGAUCAGCCUCUUUGCACUCUGGGUGUCCUCACGGCCCCCCACCAAAACCAUGAACUUCGGAUGGCACCGGGCAGAGAUCCUGGGGGCCCUGCUCUCCGUGCUCUCCAUCUGGGUGGUGACGGGGGUCCUGGUCUACCUGGGGGCCCAGCGCCUGCUCUCGGGUGACUACGACAUCGAGGGCGGGGUCAUGCUCAUCACCUCGGCCUGCGCCGUGGCCGUCAACAUCGUGAUGGGGCUGGCUCUGCACCAGACCGGGCACGGGCACAGCCACGGGGCAGCGGGCGAGCCGCCCAGUGCCAGCGUCCGCGCCGCCUUCGUGCACGUGCUGGGCGACCUGCUGCAGAGCGUCGGCGUCCUCGUCGCCUCCUACAUCAUCUUCUUCAAGCCCCAGUACAAGUUCGUGGAUCCCAUCUGCACCUUCCUCUUCUCCGCGCUGGUGCUGGGGACAACGCUGACCAUCCUCCGCGAUGUCCUCCUCGUCCUCAUGGAGGGGACCCCCAAAGGGAUGGAUUUCAACGCCGUGCGGGAGACGCUGCUGGCGGUGCGGGGCGUGGAGGCCGUGCACAGCCUGCACAUCUGGGCACUGACCGCGGCACAGCCGCUGCUCUCCGUGCACAUCGCCAUCAACGCGGCUGCCAGCGCGCAGGAGGUGCUGGAGGAGGCGAGCUCCCGGCUGCAGGGCGCCUUCCGCUUCCACAGCACCACCAUCCAGGUGGAGAGCUACUCCGAGGAGAUGCGGGACUGCCGGGAAUGCCAGCCCCCCCGCGACUGACCCCCGCCCCCGCGGCGCGGGGCGCUUUUCAUGUGCGGCAAAUAAAGCAGAGCACACGGG